AUGGCUAAAAUUGUGGCAGUCGAGACCUGUGGUUCGCCGCUAGCGAAUAAGACAUUUUAUUCACUGGACAAGCGCACCGUGGUUAAAGUGGAACCUAACCGGAACCGUGCAGCAUUUGGAUUCGGGAAUUUUUUCUAUGAAGUGUUCUUUCCGGAAGGAUAUCCGGAUAGUGUCAGCAAGGACUAUCUAGCGUAUCAGAUCUGCGACACAGUACAAGGAUUUUGUAGCUACGUCAAUGGGACGAUUGCUACACAGUCUAUUCUUGCCGGACUUGGUGUCGGAGAAGAAACGUCAAGUGUCCUAGCGGCUACAAUGACAUGCAUUCUGAAAGAUGGAGUGAGCAUGACUGGAAAGAUCGCUUUUGCGUGGUUUCAAGGCCCGGAUCUAGACUGUGAUAUGAAGCUAUGGCGGCUACGAGCGGAUGUUCUCAACGAUUUAGCAAUGUUCCUGGAUGUGAUCUCAGCGCAGACGAUAUAUUUUCCGUUUGCUUUGUGCCUUUCCGCUCUUUUACGAUCAGUAGUGGGUAUUGCCGAUGGAACACGGCCAGCGAUCACCUUGCAUCAGGCUCGACGAAAUAAUCUCGGGGAUGUUGCAGCGAAGGAAGCCAGCCAGGAGACGCUGGUGAAUCUUACCGGCAUGAUUGUGGCGUUAAUGAUCAUGCCUUUGAUUUCACAUUCCCAUUUUUUAAGCUGGAUGGUAUUUUCCUUGGUGGUUAUUAUUCACGUAAUCGCCAAUUAUUGCGGGAUGAAAGCGCUGAAUUUGGAGCAGUUUAAUCAGUCCCGAUUGCAUCUAGCCGUUUUGGGAUUCUUGAAUUCUGCUGGGCUCUUCGUGCCAUCGGUUCGCGAAGUCAACCGCCAGGAGCCGGUAGUUAUUCCUUUACAACGGAAGUGGAAAUAUUCCAUCGGUCAUCGCCUGCCUCAUCAGAGCUUCGACAGCGACGAUUUCCUCAAAAUGAGGGAUAUUUAUGCGGCUCAAGCGUUCUGUCUGUUGGUCGAUCCAGCCAAAAGUCAUGUUACGGUGCUGUUAACACCCGAAUCCGCGGAUAUUGAUGUCAUUCGUGCUGCAUUCGAAAUGCUGAAUAUGUUUUACAUUACAGCGAAAGCAGUAAAUGAGUUUGUCUAUCUGACACUGCACCAAGUUCGAGCGGAAGCCGACGAUUUAUAUGACCGCUUUGAAAUGUUGGCGAAUCAGGAAGGCUUUGAUUUCACUCGAAACUAUUUGGCGGCCCGUGACUGGCGGAUCACAUGGCAGAAUCUCGAUGCCGACAAUGACUACGCUUUAGAAUGUCCCGAAACAAAGAAGGAAAAACGCAGUUAA